CACUCAUAAUGCUAUUAUAGCGAUUGCAUGCUUGUUGUUUGCUGAUUUGCUACAUUUGUGUUGGAAAUAUGAAUUCUGAUACUUUUCACUGUUAAAGUUCACGUUCAAUCCAGCGGAAAUAUGGUAUAACUUUAUUGCGUUCAUACCCCGUUAUAGAGUGAAGAUGAGUGAAGAUGUAUUUGAAGUUCCAGAAGGGAAUGAGUACCGUUAUUUGGUACAGGAAGAGGGAGAAGAGGAGAUCCAGUACUGCAGAAGGCAAUAUGUCAGCCCUUUCCUUGUAGUCUCACGAAGAUGCAUGUUCCUGAUCAUACUUGGUGUUGGCUGUCUGCUCACUUUGGCUGGCUACCUAGCAUAUGUGGCCCAGACCCUACCCCCAGGCCUGGUGGAGGUGACUACAGAGUGCGGAUGCCUGCGUGGACGCUGGAAGGAUGAGGUGUACUCUUUUAAAGGCAUCCCAUAUGCAGCACCACCAACUGGCAAAAGGCGCUGGCAACCGCCAGCUGAUCUCAAAGAGGAGGGCCUGUGUUGGAGUGGGGUCCGAGACGCCACCCGUUUCCGUAGCAUGUGUGCACAGGUGAGGCCCCUUAACAAGGCAGGUAAGGUGAUGGGCCAAGAGGACUGCCUCCACUUGAGUGUGUGGACACCCAGCCUCACGCCACCUGCCCCUCUGCCUGUCAUGGUGUGGAUUCACGGUGGAUACCUGCACAUGCUUAGUGGGCAGGAGAAAGGCUACUCUCCCACAGAGGAGCUGACCGCCCGGACGCAAGCCGUCUAUGUGAGUCUGAACUACAGACUCAAUGCAUUUGGCUUCAUGGCCCUUGAGAUGCUCAGAGAUGGCUCCCCCUACAACACUUCGGGGAACUACGGCUUCAUGGACCAGAUUGCAGCGCUGAAGUGGGUUCAAAGAAACAUUCAUGUGUUUGGAGGAGACCCAGGGAAAGUCACCAUAUUUGGCCAAAGCUCAGGUGGUACGUCUGUAUGGGCUCUUAUGGUGUCUCCGUUGGCAAAGGGACUCUUCCAUCGCGCCAUUGACAUGAGUGGCUCAUAUGUGUUUAAUGCCUCACUGGAGUCAGCAGAAAAGGACAACCUGGAGUUCUUGAGGAGGACAAGAUGCAAAGAUGCAGGCUGUCUGAGAGGAUUAUCAAUAAGCGAGGUUCUCAAGGCUAUUCCAUGGCAGGAGUACCCAUCUUGGGCAGCUGACGAGCUAGGAGAUCUUCCAGUCAAAGAAACUUUCAUUGGUCCAGUGGCAGUUGUGGAUGGUCAUGUCAUAACUGCCCCUCCAUUCGAGAUUUGGGAGAGUGGCAGUGGCUUCAAUGAUGUUCCAUUUUUGGUUGGAACUACCGAGCAGGAGACAGAUUUCUAUCCUCCCUAUCUGAACAUGAGUGUGUGGACCUGGGAAGAUUACAGGUGGCAUGUAACUCAGAAACUGACCCCAUUUGGAGCCAACAUCACUGCCCAGGCCCUGGAUAUGUACCCCAGCUCCGCCCCCUGCCCCACCUCAGACCGCUGUCCUGAAAGGCUCUACACCACCAUGACAUCAGACAUGAGGGUCACCUGUCCUAACAACGACCUUGCCAAGAGAGCUGCAGGCGCACUGAAAAGUCCUGUGUAUCGCUACCUGGUGACGUACACGCCAUCAAAAGAGGCCAACAUUUCUGGUUUUCCCUUCAAAGCUCGGUUCUCUUUUCACCUGUUAGACAGUUUUGCAUUUUUUGGAGGACUGAAAGAUGCCCUUGGAGUCCUGGAUGCAUCAGACAUAGCCUUCCAAGAAGUGGUUACUAAGUAUUUCCUUCAUUUUGCCAGAGAGGGGAAAAUGCCCGAGGAGUGGACAGAGUAUCCCUUAGGCACUGGUCUGCUGGACCGAACCUUCUCUGUGGCUCAGGAUCCUUCUGCUGACCACUGCAAAUUUUGGGAGCAGAAUGGCUUCUAUCCUUACGCAUGGAUCAACUGAUUGGAUCCACAUUUCUGAAGAACAAUCACCUUUUUUUUUUCACCACUGUAAUAUGCUGUGAGAAAGUCAGUUAGGAGGAAGUUAUAAUGAAUGUGUCUGAGCACAUUUGAGAGUAUGGGAAUUGUUUGUUUGCACUAUGAAGAAGAUUGAGAAGUGAUGCUUUGAAACAUUAAUAUAUAUAAAGAUCAUGAAGGGAUUAUUCGCACUGAGUAUCUUUAUGUCUGUGGUCAUAGUUUAAAUGAAAACCAAGUUGUCUGUGAUAGUGUAGUAGGUAUGUUUUAAUUUAGACCAUUUGCUUUUAAAACCAAUCUUGUGUAUUUUAAGGAACCCCCGAUUGGACUAAGUGUCAAUUCGAUUUAUGUGAAAUUCUGAAAUAUAUGUAAAUAUGUUUAUAAUGAUGCUUUGUUUGCUGUGCACUUUGUAUACCAGUUGAUGAAAGGGACUUACGUUCUUGGAGUAGAAUGUAAUCAAAGCACCGUGCCUCUCGCUGACACCACACCAACACCAGUCUCCUCUCAGGGCUGCCCUCUUACUCUGUACAUUAAAGGUGAAAUGAAGACAUGUAAAGAAGCUCUAGCCUCCCUUUCAGCAAGAAAGAGGGAGGAUGAAAGGUUUCCACUGAAGAGUAGAGAGCCAUGAGAGAGUUGACUUGGUAUUAGCAUGUAGUUGACUUUCAAAUCAAAGUAGCUCCUAUUUCUGUCCAUUCUUCCUCUCGGUGGUGAAGAGGUCAGAGCUGGCUUAUCUUAAGCAACUGUUG